UUUUAAAUGGACUAAUUAAUUGAGUAGUAAAUAAAUAAUAUCAUUAUUUUGAAACGAACUUAUAAGAAAAUAAUUCUUUUUCAACUAAGUACUUGGAAUAUCCAUGUAAGUGAAUAAACGAUAUGAGUUUAAGUUGUAUGUACUAUCAUUAUAAAGUUUGAUUUACAUCAUAUCAUAACUUUGUCGGACAUCUAGGUUAGAGUCUGAUUUAUUUGAAAUUGCUUGACUCAAAUUUGAAACCUCUAACGAAAGAAUAAUUUUAUUCAUCGCACUAUUUUUGUCGGUCCCGCUUAGGAAACUUACAUGUAAUUAUGUAGGAGGAAAUCUUUUUUACACCAAUUUAUAUAAGCUACUAAUCUCUUCGUAUCAUUGGUGUAAGAAAUUUCUACGAUGUUAUAAUGUAUUUAAGUUAAAUUCUUAUUUUAUUUUUUAAUAUAUGUAUAUACACACAACUACUUUAUUUUUUUAAAAUAUAUAUACAUGACUAUACUAUUAAAAGUUGUUUCUUUAUUAUCUCAUUUUCGUUCUCUAUUCUAUGAAAUGAUUGCACCAUAUAAGUUGUGAACAAAAGCUUCAAUAAUAACAACAAUCAUGGAGUUUCAUGAUCAUUUUUCUCAAGAAUUAGGUCAACAACAACACCAACAACACAACGUCGGUGACGAUGUUUCGGAUCAAUCGAUGAAUUUCUCCGUAAAGCUAAGUCAACAAUAUAGGGACGAGGUCAAUAACAACGAGCACAACAACAACAACAAUAAUAGUAACGUUUGGGAUCAGAGUGAGAAAUACAAAGCGGAUAUUUUAAACCAUCAUUUAUCGGAACAACUUCUUUCUGCACACGUGGCUUGCCUGAGAAUCGCGACUCCGGUGGACCAGUUACCGAGGAUCGACGAGCAGUUGACGGAGUCACAGAAUUUGGUGGCAAAGUACUAUGUUGUUGGUCAAAGUCAACGGUCUCUUGAUGAUAAAGAACUUGAUCAAUUUAUGGCAAAUUAUGUUCUAUUGCUCUCUUCUUUUAAAGAGCAACUACAACAACAUGUUCGUGUCCAUGCAAUGGAAGCUGUCAUGGCUUGUUGGGAUCUUGAUCAAUCUCUACAAACUUUAACAGGGGUAGCAUCAGGAGAAGGUACAGGUGCAACCAUGUCAGAUGAUGAUGAAGAUAAUCAAGUAGAAAGUGAGACAUAUUGUCAUUAUAAUGGAAUUUUAGAUGGACAAGAUAGUAAUGGUUUUGGUCCUCUUGUACCUACUGAAAAUGAAAGAUUUUUGAUGGAACGUGUGAGGCAAGAAUUGAAACAAGAGUUCAAACAGGAUUACAAGGGGAAGAUUGUAGACAUUAGAGAAGAAAUUUUAAGAAAAAGAAGAGCAGGAAAGCUGCCUGGUGACACUACUUCUGCCUUAAAAGCUUGGUGGAAAUCACAUUCUAAGUGGCCUUAUCCCACAGAGGAAGAUAAAGCAAAAUUAGUGAAAGAUACAGGAUUGCAAUUAAAACAAGUCAAUAAUUGGUUCAUUAACCAAAGGAAAAGAAAUUGGCACUCUACUCCAUCAUCAUCUUCUACACAAAAAAGCAAACGCAAAAGUGCAGGUGAAAAAUCUAGAAAUGAUCACUUCACAUGACAGGAGAAUUGAGAAUAUCAUGCAUGAAGGGAAAAGAAUAUGUUUGAUAGGACGAAAGUCAUUUUAUAUUCUGUAAAAUAUUUUUAAUGACUUUUAGCUUAUAAGUUGUGGAUGCACGUUCAUUCAAUGUCUCAAAUUUAGACUUUAUAUAUAUAUAUAUAUAUAUCGCAAAAGUCAGAUGAACUUUAAGUGUUAGAUUUUGAAUUUAAAAGGGUUGUUGUUUUGAUGUGCUAUACUUUUUGUUUAUCGGAAUUUGAAGCUCUUUAGGUUUUUA